ACCCCUUCCAUGUGUAGUGCAAUCACCGUCUCAGAUCGACAUCCCCCCCUCAUCUAGGUUACACAUACUCUUCCUCACAACAACACAGUACAGCUUGCCCGCACCACACAACUCGAGGACACGGGCCCACUACUGAAAAGAUUGUCAAACCCACCGCCUCCACCACGCCACCACCGCAACCCACCAUGCGCACCGAUAAGGACAAGUCCGAGGCCCCGCAACAACGGACGUCGCGCUUCGGCCGCUUCCCCUCAUCCCGACGGCGAUCACAUCUCACAGCAACGACGCCGUCAGGAGCCUCUUCGUCGCAGACAUCAGUGGACACGACGGCUACUCCGCCAGUAGUGGACGUGCCGCCGCCCUACGUCGACAGGCGCUCGUCGAUAACGGGUAAACAGAAGGAGAAGAACGCCGAGGAAGACUAUGAGCGCGCCCCGAACUGGAACUCGGAAGUUGACGCGCACGGCCAAGUGCGGAUCAACCUCGACCUGUCUUCCCUCCCGCAAGUAGAGGAACACGACGACCUUCAGGACCUCCUCUCGCCACAGGAGCAGCUCGCGGACCCGUUCAACGCGGCGCAGUGCCCGCGCCUCAACAUUGUCAUCUUCGUCGUCGGGUCGCGCGGCGACGUCCAACCGUACAUUGCGCUCGCGCUCGAGCUGAUCAAGACCCGCGGACACCGGGUGCGCAUCGCGACGCACGGCGACUUCAAGGAGCUCGUUGAGGGCGCAAACGUGCGGCUUGCGGGCCUGGAAGACGCCCAGCGCCGCCCCCUCACGGGGCUUCUCGAACACUUUGACAUCGGAGGCGACCCACACCAGCUCAUGGCGUACAUGGUCCAGAAUCCAGGCCUCCUCCCCGGCGUCAAGUCCAUCACGAACGGCGACGUGUCUAUCAAGCGCAAGAUGGUCGGCACUAUGGUCGUCGGUUGCUACAAGGCGACGUUCAUGCCCCAUGAGGGUACAGGACGUCCCUUUGCAGCUGACGCGAUCAUCUCCAACCCCCCUGCGUUUGCGCAUAUCCAUGUGGCCGAGGCGCUCGGCAUUCCCCUGCUCAUGUCCUUCACCAUGCCUUGGUCGGCGACGCAGAGGUUCUGUCACCCCCUUGUCAUGGCCAAGAGCUCUGGCACACAGACAGGCAUCAACAACUAUGCGAGUUUUGUGCUCGCCGACUCGCUCAUGUGGUCCGGCCUCGGCCGCGUGAUCAACAACUUCCGAACAGGCAUCCUUGGCCUCCACCCCAUUCCUGCCUCUGGCGGCCCGCUUGUGCUCCAGAGGCUGAGAGUACCAUUCACGUAUGCGUGGAGCACGUCGCUACUCCCCAAGCCUGGAGACUGGCGGUCCAACAUCGACGUCGUGGGCUUCUUCUCCAUGCCGAACGACACGUUCUACAAGCCGGACCCAGAGCUGGCCAAGUUCCUUGCCGCUGGCUCACCGCCGAUCUACAUCGGGUUCGGGUCAGUCGUCGUCAAGGACCCGCUCAAGCUCACCGAGACGAUCCUCGGCGCGGUUCAGAAGGCCGGCGUUCGUGCACUCGUCUCAGCUGGCUGGGCAGACCUUGGCAAGACGGACAUUGAGAUCCCCGACAGUGUCUUCAUCAUUAAGGGAAAUAUCCCCCACGACUGGCUGUUCGAUGCCGGGCGCGUCGCCGCCGUCUGCCACCACGGCGGCGCAGGCACGACGGCCGCAGGCUUGACUGCCUGCCUGCCCACAAUCAUUGUGCCCUUCUUUGGCGAUCAGUGGUUCUGGGGCAACGCCGUCCAUGCGGCUGGAGCUGGCCCCGCGCCCAUACCUCAGGCUGAGAUGACGGUGGACAUUCUGGCUGAGGCGAUCAAGUUCGCCUUGUUACCCGAGACUCGCGAGGCAGCGCAGGUUGUCGGCGAGAGUAUCCGCAGCGAGAACGGCGUGGCGAAGGGUGUGGACAGUUUCCACAAGAACCUUCCUUUGCUCAACAUGAGAUGUGAUAUCGAGCAGGACCGCGUCGCCACUUGGUGGUCGGAGACGUUCUGUCUCCGUCUGUCUGGUGCCGCCGCCGCAGUGCUCGUCGAGGGACGCAUGCAGAGCUGGCGCGACUUGUCGCCACAUCGCCCCGUCGAGUACGAGGCAACUAGGCAUUACGCCGGCCCGAUGACUUCCAUCGCUCAGUCGAUCCUCAACAUUGGUGACCAGGCAGUUACGGGCACUGCACAGCUGUUCUACGCACCGGGACGCGGGCUCAGCACCUUGGCUGUUGGCAUUCCGAAAGCCUCUGUAGACGUCAUCGGCGGCUUCCAGGAGGGCCUGGAGAAUCUGCCUGGCGUGAUGGGAUCCAAGGUCCGCAAACGGGGCAAGGUCAGCGACUUCGAAUCGGGCGUGACAGAAGCAGGCAAGGGGCUCGCGUACGGCCUGUACGACGGCAUCACUGGUCUUGUCAGGGAGCCGAUUAGGGGUGCGAAGGAAGGUGGUGUGGGCGGGUUCAUCGGUGGUAUCGGCGUCGGCGGGGUCGGUCUUGUUGCGCGAGCCGCGAGCGGGGCUCUAGGCUUGGCAGUGUACCCGACCGCGGGUGCCUUCAAGAGCGUCCGUAACAAGCUCUCGUCGAAUGGACUGCUCGACAACAUGUCGGUACUGUGCGAUCCGCGUGAGGCGCAGGCGCACACCGACGCCGAGUCAUAUGACAAGGCAGCGCGGCGGGUCAUCCUGGCGCGAUGGACAGAGCUCAUUGCUCCCGAGCGCGUCAAGGAACGGCGCAAGGCCGAGGAGAAGCGGCGACGCAAGGCAGAGGAGUUGAUUCUCACACAGGUCAGGUCGUCCACUCCUUCAAGCAAGUCAGGCAAGUCGUCCUCGUCAAAGGUCGGCAGUUGGCUGGGCGAUCACCUCCAUCCCUCGUCAUCGCGUGGCUCGCGCCCAAGCUCGCCAUCUCCGCAAUCCCACCCCGCCUCCCCGUCACCUCAUGCUGGACCCUCGUCGUACCGGCCCGACAAGAAGCUCAGCGAGCUAACGAGGGUGUCGGCCGACACGCCGCCGCCUCUGCCGACCAAGGACGCGAGGUGGGCUGUCAACCGGGUCGCUGAGUCUUCUGCUCCGCCACCGGCGUACGAGGCCGAGAGUGCGACUGCCUCGCCGACGGCGUCGGCAGUGUCGCAGCUCAAGAUCGACUAUCUUACGCUCGAGCACCGCGCCUCAGCCGCGUCCGACACCAGCCUCGCCCUGGCAGGGACCGAACGGCUCGCCCGCCACUCAUUAGAGUCGAGCCGCACCUCGAGCUUCACGUCAGGCGUGUCGAUGCCGGAAAGCGGACGACCCGAGGACUCGGCACCAGCGCUGCUCGUGCCCGAGACUGAAGCAACCGAGCCCAAGACGCCGACGACAGCCGCGGCGCCCCGCACCCCAGCGCCACCGGCCAUCGUCAUUGACACCACGACACCGGCCACCGACGCUGCUGACGAGGCGACAACACCUACGGCACGGACAGGCCCCCAGGUCCUGCGAUCCCUCUCAAAGGGCAAAGGAAAGAACAAGGAAUAGACUGUAGCACUACUACUGUAAUGUAAAAUGG